AUGUCAAAUGAAAGAAAAUACACUCAAGAAUUUCGAAUAGAAUGGCUUCGUGACGAUAGUUUCCAAGCUUUUAGGUAUUGUACUGUAAUUAGAUAUUACUCUCAAAAUAGAAAAUGCAUAACUACAACUUUUUUAGAUUUAGUACCACUUAAAGAGUGCAAUGCUGAUGCAAUUUGUGAAGCAAUUAAAUUUUCCUUGAGAAAUAAUGCCUUGGAUUUGCAUAAACUCGUUGCAAUUGGAACAGAUAACGCUUCUGUAAUGAUAGGAAUCAAUAAUGGUGUAUAUGCUAAACUCAAAGCCGAAGUACCUGCUUUGAUUCUGGUACGUUGCCUCUGUCAUUCAUUACAAUUAGCGAUUUCCCACGCUACAAAAGAAGGCCUUCCAAGAAAUAUAGAAUUUCUUAUUAAAGAAACAUUUAAUUGGUUUUCUCAUUCUGCGAUUAGACAAUCCAAAUACAAGGAACUCUAUUCUUUGAUGAAUGAUGGAAAUGAAUCAUUGAAAUUAGUACAAAGUAGUGAGACUCGUUGGAUGUCAAUUCAGACCGCUAUUGAUAGAAUUUUGAGACAAUGGAAUGAUUUAAAGGCAAAUUUUAAAUUGGCCAGAACAAACGAAAGAUAUUAUACAGCAGAAAUUUUGUUCUCAAUGUUUGAUGAUCAAAGAAAUUUCUUAUUUCUUAAACCUGUACUUGAUGAAGUUCAGAGAUUAAAUAAAAUAUUUGAAUCUGAGAAUAAUGAUCCUACGAAGUUGCUACAGGACUUGCUAAAUUUAAUAGAAUCUUGUUGUUCUAAGAUUGUUAUUCCAGGAACAAAAAUAACAAAUGAAGUAGUAAUUGAAAACCAUUUAGCACUCAAUCCAUAUUUGGGUUAUCAGUUUGAAACUGAAAUAAACAAUUCUGCACUGUUAGAUAAAGAAAAGAAAAAUAUUCGUAGUCGCUGCAUUGCCUUCCUUUUGUCUCUUAUAAAACAACUUCGGCAAAGGUUACCUGACAAUACAGUAUAUCAAUAUUGAAAACCAUGACGUCACUAAGUAUUGACCAAUACCUCAACCCAAUUAAAAGUGAUAUAAUAAACUUUGCGAAAAUGUUUCUCACUGAUGAUGCAAUAUUAACUCGCAUUGACUUUCAAUGGAGGAAAAUCCAUACAAUUCAGUGGAAAGAAACUUCCAGCACGAUAAACCUGUGGAUGGAGGUAGCUCAAUACCGAGAU